AGAGAAGAACCUUACGAGAGAGAGAGAGAGAGAGAGAGAGAGAGCGCCCAACACACUUCUCUGCAUCAGUGCAUCUACCAAAUAAAAUACAAUAAAACCAUCCUCCAUUACUCACUCUCUGAUAUGUUCAUCAUCCUCAAGCUGUGAUUAAUCUCUUGCUUUCACUGCUAUUAUCUUAUAUUUGCGAGAGAUAGAGAGAGAGAUCCAAUGGAGUACGAAAGGAUUGACAAAGCUCAGGGUUUAGAUGAGAAUGGAUUUGACCCAUUUGUUCUUUCCACACCUGCAGAAUGGAAUAAUUUCUCCUAGUAAACUCAGGAUGAAGCUUAUGGGGGCUCACCAUCACAAGAAGAAGGAUGGAUCCAACUGUAACUCAUCUAGAACUUCACCUUCAAGGCUUGAGGAUGCUGAAUUUGUGGACAGCUUGCUUGCCUCAAAAACUGACAGCCUUAACGAUGAAGCUAUAUCUCCCAGCUUAGAGAUACUGUCAUCAAAGCCAUCCAGUGAUGUACUACUGGACCAAAGACACUGUGUUCAUAAUUCUUAUGAGCCAAAGGAGACAAUGCCUAGGGAAAAUGGUGACUCGAGUCGUGUGACGAUGCAGCAUGUUUUGAAGCAUGAUAGUGGCAAUUCCAGUGCAAUUCACCCGGUGAGGACAACUGAAGAUGAAAAUCUUGAUUAUGACAGUAAUGCUAGCUCAUCAAGUUUUGAGUUUCAUAAAGGAGAAAGAUCAAUGAGCAAUCCUGCAACAAGAUCCCUGUUGAGACCUAUCCCGUCUAAGUGGAAUGAUGCUGAGAAAUGGAUAAUGAAUAGGCAAAAUAUACAAUUUAACUACUUGAAAAAGAAUGUUGUACAAAGCCAAGCCAAUCGCAUGCCAGCAACAAGCAUGGUGAGGGUUGCUCCAGAGUCCGCUAAUUAUGAUCAUCAUAAGCUAGCAAUUAGCAGAGUAACUGAAACAAAGGGAGUUGAUUUCUGUCAACCAACAACUUCACAUGCUGGGUUCGAGAAAUUCUCUUUUGUUCCAUCUGAGGCUCGUUCAGUUUCAGGUCAAGCUCAUGGAAGGGUUCCAACAGUGGACUCCCUUCCCCAAAGCAAAGAUUUGAAGGAUGUAAAUGAAUUAAUUAUAUCCUGCUCAAGUACAGAUGAUCAAAAAGCUAUUCCUGGGAUCAGAUCAGUUGCUAUGAGAGACAUGGGAACAGAGAUGACCCCUGUGACCAGUCAAGAACCUUCACGAACUGCUACACCGGUUGGGUCCAUAAGUCCACUGCGUAGCCCAUCUUCCUCAAUACCUUCUACUCCUAGGAGGGAAGCCCCUGCUCCUACACCUUUUGAGAGCAAAUCUGAUGAGGAUUCACACUUUCCAGUUGGAAGCAACAAGAAACAGUUGUCAGAAGAAGAGAUUAAGCUCAAGACAAGAAGAGAGAUUGCAGCUCUAGGAAUGCAGCUUGGUAAGACGAAUAUCGCUGCAUGGGCUAGUAAAGAAGAGCAGGACAAGAACAAAUCUUCAGUUCAUAACAUAAAUGAAGAAGAACUUGAGAGAAUUGAAUUUGAAAAACGUGCUGCUUUGUGGAUGGAAGCUGAAAAAUCUAAACACACUGCAAGAUAUAAGCGAGAAGAAAUUAAAAUUCAGGCAUGGGAAAGUCAACAGAAGGCAAAAUUAGAAGCAGAAAUGAGGAGAAUUGAGUCCAAAGUUGAGCAAAUGAGAGCCCAAGCUCAUGCAAAGAUAGUGAAAAAGAUUGCUUUGGCACGGCAAAGAUCUGAAGAAAAGCGUAUUGCUGCUGAGGCUCGAAAAAAUCGAGAAGCGGAAAGAACUGCGGCUCAAGUAGAAUAUAUACGUCAAACCGGUCGAAUGCCAUCUUCAAAUUACACUUGUUGUGGUUGGCUGUGAUGUAACUAAAGCACUGCAACUGGAAGAAAAGAUGAUGCUUCUCUUUGAAUGCAGUAGAUGACGGUCUUUAUUUUUACACAUUGCAUUUUGUGUUAUAGGUCACUCAAAUCUUGUAAGUUCCCAAACAACCGAGUGGAAGUUCGUGCGUGAAGUGAGAUUAAUAGAGGGAAAAGAGAGAGAGAAAGCUAUGAUGUUUACGGUUCACAAAAAUUUGUAAAGAUCAGCCUGUAAUCAUAAGGUGUGAACAUUUCUUUUUGUUCAGUUUGACAUUCUAUCCACUGGAAUUUCUUACUUGCUCA